GAACUGGGUCUCCCCGAAGUCUGGGGGCUGUGAUGGGUAGGGGAAGAGGAGCCAAGAGAGGGGAACCAGGCCAGUUGGCCACCUAGGGCCAGAGGGUGAUUCAGGCUGCAGACCUGGGCGUGCCUUUGUGCUGUGCACUGUCCCCAGCUGGGCAAUGACCUACAACAGACAGAACCCUUCGGGUGGGGGAGGGGCAGUGAGUCAGCCUCGGGCUAAAUCCAGAGCUGAGCUCAGAGCUAGGUCUAGUGUCCCAGACAUUUCAUGGGGCAGCCGCUGUUUCCCUCAAUGCCUCGCCACUGGGGGAAGACCCUCGAGGUCCCAAGCUUGAGCCACUGGAAGGAGGACAGAUUUGGAGCCGCUGAAGGACACGGAGUGCGCUUGGAAUCUGGGCCAUCCCUGAGCCCGAGCUAACAGCACUGCGUGCAGUAAUGAGCGUGUCUGGGUGUGAACACUUGCUGUCCCUCUAACCUGUGUGUCUGGGAGCUAAUGCACUGUGUGAUGGUGCAAGGGGGUGGGCAGUGACGGGCAUUUGUAGGGGCAGCAGGUGCAGACCUAGACUCUCCCACUCCUCUUCCUUUCCUCUCCAUCAGCCCCUCCCUCCCUUUCUCUGCUCCCAUCCUAAUUGCUAAAGUCGUGGAGUCCACUCUGAUGAGUAAUCGCCAUUUUCCCUCUGUCCGUGGCACUGUGUACUAACAUUGAAGCUUGAGCCCAUUGUAAAAACUCUAUGGGCUAUUAGCUUUAAAACUGCCGUGGCCAUCAUGCUGGGCCAUCAUGCCCCAGGCACUGCUAACUAGAGCUCAAAAUUAGCCAUGGACCCUGGUUGCAAAUGGAGAGUCCCCCCAGGUGGAUGAUUAAAAUGAUUUUGGAUGAGUUUCUAAGGAUCUUUUCCAUUAGGAAUCAAGGACACCUUCCCAUGCCUCUGCCCCCUGUGCUGGGAAAGAGUCAUGCUGAGGAUGGGGUAGGGCUGGUGGCAGGCCUGUCUUUUUCCUACAGUCCUAAGUGACUGGGGAAAGAAGAGAAAUGAAAUCCACGAGGACUGCCUGAGCUUUUGGAGGAAGAGAUGCUGGUGAGGGGGAGGGGAGAAGGCUCUCCCAGACUUGAGGCCUGGUCCUCUGGGUCUGUUGUGAGCCAGGCUCUGGGCUGAAAGAACCAUCAGAGUGGCCAUAUUGUCUGUCCUUUUUCCGGGUAUAUUAUGGUCUCUGCCCUUUGCCCCUGACUCUACUCCUCCCCUCUGACUUGGGCCAACCAGCUCCUGGGCUGGGCACGAACCCCAGAGCCCAGGCAUCUUUCCUUCCUCCACGCCCCACCCCGAACCUUGGAGUUGCCUCCCUCAGCUGCAUGGUUGGCAGAGUUUUGUGGGUCUGAGGUUGGGAAGAUAUCUGGCCUCCUGAAUCCCCGCCUCUGCCCGACUUCCUGCCUCCAGCCAGAGCUCAGCGCUCUGGUUGGGAAGGCACGCAGGCUCUGUGCUGGGGGAAAUCAUACAUACCUAGAAGCAAGCCUGAGCCAGCCUGAUAGGGGCCACUUAUUACCCCACACUGAGCUCUGCUGUCCCAGCCGGCCCCCCACGCUGGGGUCAUUCCCUCCUCCUCAGUCCCUAGGUCAGGGAGGCUCUUGUUCAGACCACUUCCUGUCUGAGCUGGGAAUGGCUCUUGUAGUUUAGUCCGAGUUGAAUUAGCUGGAUCUUUCUCUCCACCCUGUAACCAAGGCCAUGAUGUCCCUCUCAUGGGUGGACCUCUUUAGGCAGCCGAGGUGGGUCACGUGGCUGGUCACCGAGGGCAAAGGGUACUUGGCUUUAACCACCCCCAGAGACUUCAUUCUUGAAGUUGUCACUGGACAAUUUUGACCCCAGGAUAGGAUAUCUGUUGCCCAAGUCCAUAGGCUCAGGACUCCUAAGCACUCAGGAGCUCUGCCUCUCAGAGAGAGCGACUGCUUGGAUGUUUUCCUUCUGUGCUUUUAGUGCUGGGUCUCCCCACCCUGACCUCUGACCUGCAAAGUGACUUCUUUGUCUGCUCCCUCAGGUUAAAGAGGAGGACAAAACUCUGCCGAAGCCUGGUCCUCCUGCCAAGGAGGAAGGGGCUCUAGAGGGCAGCUCAAAGGGCAGCAGUGGCCCAUCUAAGAGUCCUCAGCCUUCCACCAGCCCUGUACCCUCAGAGGCUCCCCAGAGAGCCAAGAGCCCUGCAUCCACACUCGCCAUGAACGGCCCGAGGACUGCCUCAGUGGAAGGCCCCAGCGAGGAGGCCCAGGGCCUGUCCCGGAAGAGGGUGGCGAAUGCAGUGAGGAAGGUGGUGAGCAAGGUGCUGCCUGGUGAGGAGCCUGGGAGCGCCAAGGAGCCUCCGGGCAGAGGGGUCAGACCUCCUGAGCACCCAGCUCGAGGCAGGAAGGGAGAAAAGGCAGCCCCUCCUCCUCCCCCUGCUCGGCCUAAGUCCGAAGCAGAGAAGGAGGCCGCCAAGGAUGAGCUCUCCGUGGGCCUGCGGAGCCUGAUGUCUCGGGGCAGGGGCAAGGACCACAGGCCGCGUGGCAGGCAGUCUCCCGGGAAGGGGGAGAAGCCCUCCAGCCAGGAGCCAGGCUCCUCUGGGAAACCAGUCUCCCCGGAGACAGUGGACGCCUCAGAGAAACUAGGCUCCCCAGCCCAGCCGGAAGAGCUGGCGGACCCAGGCUCCGCUGACCCGAACCUCAAGUCGAACCUCACUGGAUUGCGACAGAACAAGUCCCCAGCCCCUGACGUGCAGCAGGAGGCAGGAGCUGCCCCCGAGGUCCAGCUGACCCCCGCAGAGGAGGCCCACCAGCGGCCUGAGAGGAUCUUCACAGCUCCUCUGGACCCUGAGGCCGCCUCUCCUGCCCACAGCCAGGUGAAGACAGAAGAGCAGAUCGCAGCUGAGGAGGCCUGGUAUGAGACAGAGAAGGUGUGGCUGGUCCAUAAGGAUGGCUUCUCACUGGCCACUCAGCUCAAAUCCGAGGAGCUCAGCUUGCCCGAGGGGAAGGUACGCGUGAAGCUAGACCAUGAUGGAGCCAUCCUGGAUGUGGACGAGGAUGACGUGGAGAAGGCUAACGCUCCCUCCUGCGACCGUCUGGAGGAUCUGGCCUCGCUGGUGUACCUCAAUGAGUCCAGCGUCCUGCACACGCUGCGCCAGCGCUAUGGCGCCAGCCUGCUGCACACGUACGCCGGCCCCAGCCUGCUGGUCCUCAGCCCCCGGGGGGCCCCCGCUGUGUACUCGGAGAAGGUGAUGCACAUGUUCAAGGGGUGUCGGCGGGAGGACAUGGCCCCCCACAUCUAUGCCGUGGCCCAGACCGCAUACAGGGCGAUGCUGAUGAGCCGUCAGGACCAGUCCAUCAUCCUCCUGGGCAGUAGUGGCGGUGGCAAGACCACCAGCUGCCAGCAUCUGGUGCAAUAUUUGGCCACCAUCGCAGGCAGCAGCGGGAAUAAGGUGUUUUCUGUGGACAAGUGGCAGGCUCUGUACACCCUCCUGGAAGCCUUUGGGAACAGCCCCACCAUCAUGAAUGGCAACGCCACCCGCUUCUCCCAGAUCCUCUCCCUGGACUUUGACCAAGCCGGCCAGGUGGCCUCGGCCUCCAUUCAGACGAUGCUUCUGGAGAAGCUGCGUGUGGCGCGACGCCCAGCCGGUGAGGCCACAUUCAAUAUCUUCUACUACCUGCUGGCCUGUGGGGAUGGCACCCUCAGGACAGAGCUCCACUUGAACCACUUGGCAGAGAACAAUGUGUUUGGGAUUGUACCACUGGCCAAGCCUGAGGAGAAGCAGAAAGCGGCUCAGCAGUUCAGCAAGCUCCAGACGGCCAUGAAGGUGCUGGGCAUCUCCCCCGAUGAACAGAAAGCCUGCUGGCUCAUCCUGGCUGCCAUCUACCACCUGGGGGCUGCAGGCGCCACCAAAGCUGGGCGCAGGCAGUUUGCCCGCCACGAGUGGGCCCAGAAGGCUGCGUACCUGCUGGGCUGCAGCCUGGAAGAGCUCUCCUCGGCCAUCUUCAAGCACCAGCACCAGGGCGGCACCCUGCAGCGCUCCACCUCCUUCCGCCAGGGCCCCGAGGAGAGCAGCCUGGGGGACGGCACAGGCCCCAAACUGAGUGCACUGGAGUGCUUGGAGGGCAUGGCGUCCGGCCUCUACAGCGAGCUCUUCACGCUUCUCAUCUCCCUGGUGAACAGGGCUCUCAAGUCCAGCCAGCACUCACUCUGCUCUAUGAUGAUCGUGGACACUCCCGGCUUCCAGAACCCUGAGCAGGGUGGGUCGGCCCGCGGGGCCUCCUUUGAGGAGCUGUGCCACAACUACGCCCAGGACCGGCUGCAGAGGCUCUUCCAUGAGCGCACCUUUGUGCAGGAGUUGGAAAGAUACAAGGAGGAGAACAUCGAGCUGGCGUUUGACGACUUGGAGCCAGCCACGGAUGACUCUGUGGCCGCCGUGGACCAGGCCUCCCAUCAGUCCCUGGUCCGCUCGCUGGCCCGCACGGAUGAGGCGAAGGGCCUGCUAUGGUUGUUGGAAGAGGAGGUGCUGGUGCCAGGGGCCACUGAGGACGCCCUCCUGGAGCGCCUUUUCUCCUACUAUGGCCCCCAGGAAGGUGACCGAAAAGGCCAAAGCCCCCUCCUGCGCAGCAGCAAACCGCACCAUUUUCUCCUGGGCCACAGCCAUGGCACCAACUGGGUGGAGUACAACACGGCCGGCUGGCUGAGCUACACCAAGCAGAACCCGGCCACCCAGAACGCCCCCCGGCUCCUGCAGGACUCCCAGAAAAAAAUCAUCAGCAACCUGUUUCUGGGCCGGGCGGGCAGCGCCACGGUGCUCUCGGGCUCCAUCGCGGGCCUGGAGGGCGGCUCGCAGUUGGCACUGCGCCGGGCCACCAGCAUGCGGAAGACCUUCACCACAGGGAUGGCGGCUGUCAAGAAGAAGUCCCUGUGCAUCCAGGUUAAGCUGCAGGUGGACGCCCUCAUUGACACCAUCAAGAAGUCAAAGCUGCAUUUCGUGCAUUGCUUCCUGCCUGUGGCAGAGGGCUGGGCCGGGGAGCCCCGUUCCGCCCACUCCCGCAGAGUCAGCUGCAGCAGCGAGCUGGACCUGCCCCCGGGAGACCACUGCGAGGCCGGGCUCCUGCAGCUGGACGCGCCCCUGCUCCGCGCCCAGCUUCGAGGCUCCCGCCUGCUUGAUGCCAUGCGCAUGUACCGCCAAGGUUACCCUGACCACAUGGUGUUUUCUGAGUUCCGCCGCCGCUUCGACGUCCUGGCCCCGCACCUGACCAAGAAACACGGGCGCAACUACAUUGUGGUGGAUGAAAAGCGGGUAGGUCUGGGUCCCCACGGCCCCGCCAGACCCUCCUGCCUCUGCUCAGACCCCUCCAGGCAGCUGCCCUUCCUCCCCUAGAGAGAGCCAGGCUGGCCCUGGCUCAGGUGCCU